AUGGAUCAGGAUACCACAGACCAUAGCGGCAAAUCACCCAAGCCAGUAACGCCAGAGAGCGAUGCUCCGGCGUUUCUCCUGCUGCAGAACAUUGAGGCCCCCGCUAUUGCUACCCCAAAAGCUGCCAACGGAUGGGGGGGUCGAGAUCCAGAGGAGGACAAUGAUGAGCCAGCUGUAGCAAAGCCCUUUGCCCGCAUGUCAAGCCCAGAUUCGGCGGCUCGCGCGCAGGGUGCCUCCAACCCUGCGGAUGAAGAUGAGGAUGUCGAUGUUGAGAGCAGCCGGGACGAUGGGCGGUCGUUCUAUAAGAUGCACAAGUUCAGUCUCUACGAAACAGUCAGCCGCUACUACAUGGUUGGAGUGGAUGUGAGCGAGAAGCGCUACAGGAUCUUGAAGAUUGAUAGAACCACAGAGGGGGCCGAGCUGAAUGUCACCGACGACAAAAUCAUCUACAGCCUCAGGGAAGUGAAUCAGCUGCUCGACACCAUCGAUGACGGAAAUCGUGGGACUGGAGGCAUCAAGCUCCGCUGCACCACCUGGGGCUUGCUGGGCUUUAUCAAGUUUACCGGUCCCUACUACAUGCUUCUCAUCACCAAGAAGAGCACUGUUGCCAUGAUCGGUGGCCACUAUAUCCACCAGGUUGAGGGAACUGAGCUGGUACCUUUGACGCCCGGACGGUCCAAGGUCGACGCUCGCAACAAGCCGGAAGAACAGCGCUACCUGACAAUAUUGAACACGCUUGACCUGACCAAGUCAUUCUACUACAGCUACUCAUACGACAUUACUCGAACCCUCCAGCAUAACAUUACCAGGGAGAGAAAAUCACUCGCAAACGGCACCAUACCUUGGCCAAACGAGGAUCUCAAUUCAAUGUUUGUCUGGAACAGCUACUUAUUACAGCCAGCAGUCGACGCCCUUCAAGACCCUUAUGACUGGUGCCGUCCUAUCAUACAUGGAUACAUAGAUCAAGCAGCGCUUUCAAUAUAUGGUCGAACUGCACAUAUAACCGUGAUUGCCAGGCGGUCACGAUAUUUUGCUGGCGCCCGCUUUCUAAAACGGGGCGCAAAUGAUUUGGGAUACGUUGCCAAUGACGUUGAAACGGAGCAAAUCGUUGCUGAAUCCUUGACAACGUCUUUCCAUGCUCCAGGUCCGAGACCCUACUGCAGCCCUCAGUAUACUUCUUACGUCCAGCACCGAGGAAGCAUUCCCCUCUAUUGGACCCAAGACAACACCGGCGUAACUCCAAAGCCACCCAUUGAGCUCAAUCUGGUAGACCCAUUCUAUAGCGCCGCCGCGCUUCAUUUUGAUAAUCUGUUCGAGCGGUAUGGCGCGCCUAUAUAUGUGCUCAACCUUGUCAAGUCCAAAGAACGGCAACCUAGAGAGUCAAAGCUGCUAGCAGAGUACACGCAUGCCAUAGACUACCUCAACCAAUUUCUGCCAGACGACAAAAAGAUCAUUCACAAGGCGUGGGACAUGAGCCGUGCCUCGAAAAUCCGAGGUGGGGAUGUGAUUGGGAAUCUAGAGACAAUCGCCGAAUCGGUCCUGAAGACAACAGGCUUCUUCCAAAAUGGCGAUGGGCUCACAAGCCGUAUGACGGCUCAAAACGGCAUUGCCCGAACAAAUUGCAUCGACUGCUUAGAUCGUACCAAUGCCGCGCAGUUCGUCAUCGGCAAACGUGCGUUGGGCCAUCAACUUCACGCUCUAGGUAUACUUGAAAACACAUCUGUCGAGUACGAUACCGAUGCCGUGAAUCUCUUCACUCAUAUGUGGCAUGAUCAUGGAGACACAAUUGCGGUGCAAUACGGCGGUUCUCAGCUUGUCAAUACCAUGGAGACAUAUCGAAAAAUCAAUCAAUGGACCAGUCACUCUCGGGAUAUGAUAGAAAGCUUCAAACGGUACUACAAUAACUCUUUUCUUGACAGCCAGAGACAGGAGGCAUAUAAUCUCUUCCUAGGCAACUACAUUUUCGCACAAGGCCAACCCAUGCUCUGGGAUCUCCCAACAGACUACUACCUUCACCACGCCAGUCCUAGAGAAUGGACCGACAAGGGAAGGCCUAAUUACAUCAACUGGUUUACACCAGCAUAUCUCGAAGAACGGAAGAUACCGCCUUUUGUAGCACCAACGGCCCUUGGCCGCUGCAAGAACGCAGAAUCUUUCGACGAUUAUUGGCUGGAAUAUUAUCGGCCUGCCACCCUAUCUUCUUUCCCCAAGAUGUUUGCGUACAAGAUGAAUUCUACCAUUAAAUAUAUACCUUUGAAGGCAACCCAGGAUGGUAGAUACGAUUUGAGCCCUUUCCGAGUCCGAACCGAUGGUGAUGUCGAUCCGGACAAGAGGAAAAUGAAAAAAGAACCGACAUCGCCAACCACAUCUCUGGCCUCGACGCAAAUCUACCGACAGCUAGACACGGGAGAUCGAGCUUCGGUUACUUUCUCCGACACAAUAACUGGAAGGGAUGGAUCUCGAAAUCUCUGGCUGCGGCCAUCGCAGGGCGGCGAACGCUGGGGCAUCUACGAUGGUCACGACGCCAUGAUUUCACCCAAAGCUUCCAUGUCGGCAGAUACUUUGAAUCUGAAAGAGAAAUCAUCGGACCUUGAAAAAUCUAAAACAACACAGUGGACAUUUACCAAGGCGGUGCAUGACGCACUAAACCCGGUCGUAAAGGAUCAGGAGGCAGAUGAUUAUGAACGAUACAUUCGUCAUCCUCAAAAUCUUCCACUUGUUGUAUCUAGCGACACUCCUAUAGACAUCGACUCGUCGGAGUAUCAGGAGUAUGUUGACGGAACUUGGCUGAAUCAAGGCCUAAUGGUGUCAGGGGUCGACGAAGAUGCAGAUGUAGAUGUAUACUCAGAGUUGGUCAAGGUAGUAGAGAAUCCUUUGACCGUCACCGAAGAGGAUGCGCCUAAGAAGAGGUAUAAAGCCUACGGGAAGUGGCUCCGAGGUAAAUCUUUCUUCAAGCAGCAGCCUCUCGACUGA